GAUCAGAUUUCAGAAAAUAUGUUCUGAACCUUCCUGUCUUAGUGUUCCUACAAUAGAAGUAAGUCAGAAUGAACAGCUUGGAUCCCGAGUGCAACACUCUAAAGCAAAAGUACGAUUCUUGCUUUAAUCUAUGGUUCUCUGAGAAAUUCUUAAAGGGGGACACUAAUGAUGAUAUGUGUAAACCUCUAUUUGUCCUCUACAGAGAUUGUGUAAGAGAGGCCAUCAAGAAACAGAAUAUAAACCUAAGUGAGAUAGACAAAAGAGUUCUGGGUACAAGUGAAGAGAAACAGCCCCCUAACCAAGAGAAACCAGAGAGUCCUCAACCUUAAUCCUCAAUAAACUCUAGUGAACUAU